AUGCACGGGCACAGCCGAAACGGGCAGGCCCACGUGCCCCGGCGGAAACGCCGCAACCGCUUCGUCAAGAAGAACGGCCAAUGCAACGUCUACUUCGCCAACCUGAGCAACAAGUCGCAGCGCUACAUGGCGGACAUAUUCACCACCUGCGUGGACACGCGCUGGCGCUACAUGCUCAUGAUCUUCUCCGCCGCCUUCCUCGUCUCCUGGCUCUUCUUUGGCCUCCUCUUCUGGUGUAUCGCCUUCUUCCACGGUGACCUGGAGGCUGGCCCGGCGGCGGCGGCGGCAGCGGCGGCGGCGGCAGUGGCGGCAGGGGGGGCCCCGACGGGCGGUGGCGCGGCCGCCCCGACGGCCCCCAAGCCCUGCAUCAUGCACGUGAACGGCUUCCUGGGCGCCUUCCUGUUUUCUGUGGAGACGCAGACGACCAUCGGCUACGGGUUCCGGUGCGUGACGGAGGAGUGCCCGCUGGCGGUCAUUGCCGUGGUGGUCCAGUCCAUCGUGGGCUGCGUCAUCGACUCCUUCAUGAUCGGCACCAUCAUGGCCAAGAUGGCUCGGCCCAAGAAGCGGGCGCAGACGCUGCUGUUCAGCCACCACGCGGUCAUCUCGGUGCGCGACGGCAAGCUCUGCCUGAUGUGGCGCGUGGGCAACCUGCGCAAGAGCCACAUCGUGGAGGCCCACGUGCGGGCCCAGCUCAUCAAGCCCUACAUGACCCAGGAGGGUGAGUACCUGCCGCUGGACCAGCGGGACCUCAACGUGGGCUACGACAUCGGCCUGGACCGCAUCUUCCUGGUGUCGCCCAUCAUCAUCGUCCACGAGAUCGACGAGGACAGCCCGCUCUAUGGCAUGGGCAAGGAGGAGCUAGAGUCGGAGGACUUUGAGAUCGUGGUCAUCCUCGAGGGCAUGGUGGAGGCCACCGCCAUGACCACCCAGGCCCGCAGCUCCUACCUGGCCAGCGAGAUCCUGUGGGGCCACCGCUUUGAGCCCGUGGUCUUCGAGGAGAAGAGCCACUACAAGGUGGACUACUCGCGCUUCCACAAGACCUACGAGGUGGCCGGCACGCCCUGCUGCUCCGCCCGGGAGCUGCAGGAGAGCAAGAUCACCGUGCUGCCUGCCCCGCCGCCCCCGCCCAGUGCCUUCUGCUACGAGAACGAGCUGGCCCUCAUGAGCCAGGAGGAAGAGGAGAUGGAGGAGGAGGCAGCAGCCGCUGCUGCCGUGGCCGCGGGCCUGGGCCUGGAGGCGGGCUCCAAGGAGGAGGCGGGCAUCAUCCGAAUGCUGGAGUUUGGCAGCCACCUGGAUCUGGAGCGCAUGCAAGCCACCCUCCCGCUGGACAACAUCUCCUACCGCAGGGAGUCCGCCAUCUGA